UAUAUGAUUUUUUGGCGGAAAAUAUCAAAGCCCUUAUCCACUCUUUGAGCGCACACAGAAACAAACAUCUAUCUAUCUAUCUAUCUAUCAAUGGCAGUGUUGCUCCGUUUUGUAUGUUUUCCUUCAUCCUCCUCCAUCUUCUCUUCUUCUAAUCAACAACAAUUCUUCAUCAACCCCAUAAACCCUAAUCCUUCUUCAUCUCUUCAAUCUCUAUCUCUCUCUGUUUCACUUCCCAAUCGACGACCUCAAAGACCUAAUCUUCUCAUUUUCCCAACACAAUCCGCCGUUGAAUCACCUCCAGUUGAGAACCCAACAGAACAAUCAGGAGAAGAAGAAGAAGAAGAGGAUGAAGGUUCUAGAACGAGAUUGCUGGCUCAGAAUGUUCCCUGGACUUGUACUGCUGAUGAUAUUCGUCCCCUGUUUGAGAAAUACGGCACUGUUGUUGAUAUAGAGAUUUCGAUGUAUAGCAAAACCAGAAACCGAGGAUUAGUGUUUGUUUCAAUGGGUUCGCACGAGGAAGCAUUGGCAGCUUUCACAAAUCUUCAGUCAUAUGAAUUUAUGGGUAGAACACUAAACCUAACGUGGGCAAAGCCAAAGAAGACGAAGGAAGCAUCUUCCCCUGCACAGCCGAAACCAGCUCCCAUACACAAUUUAUUUGUCGCAAAUUUAUCGUUUAGAGCAAGAUCAAAGGACCUUGUGGAAUUCUUCAAUGCUGAAAACAGUAAUGCCGUUUCUGCUGAGAUUAUCUUUAAUCAAAAUCCACGAGGUUCUGCUGGUUACGGUUUUGUUUCAUUCAAUACAAAACAGGAGGCUGACGCUGCUCUCUCUGCUUUUCAAGGAAAGAUGUUUAUGGGGAGGCCGAUUCGAGUGGCACCUAGCAAAAGAUUUCUUAGACAAUCUACAAAAAAGGUUCUUGAAUCGAAAGACGAAGCAAGCAAAUCAGAAAGCGAGGGAGGAGAGCAAGCACAAACAACUGAAGUUGAAGCUUAAUUAAUCUAAACAUAGCCAGUUUUUUGUUUAUUUAUUUUUUUUUUUAUAUUUUUGUUUCAGUAUAUUAAAUUCGUAAGAGUUAUGAUUUAUGAAUCUAAACAUGGGGAAUCUGAGAACCAAUACCAUCAAGAUGUAAUGGCAACGAUUAUAAUAGCGCUUUUUUAACGUCAA